AUGGUAUUAGUUCUUGUUGUUGGUGAUCUCCACAUACCGCAGCGGGCCGCCUCUAUUCCUGAGGCCUUCACUCAAAUGUUCACACCGGGCCGUAUUAACAUGGUGCUCAUUACCGGCAAUCUUGGCUGUCGGGAGAUGUAUAAUUACUUCCGCACAGUGGCCCCUGUAGUGUAUUGCGCGAAGGGAGAGUUUGACGGUUGGGCCCACGGCAGUUUGCAGGACUCACACGUUCUUCCCAUUGAGGGACUGCGGGUGGGAUUACUGCACGGACAUCAAGUGGUGCCCUGCGGGGAUAAGGAUGCACUCGCGAUGGUGCAGCGCAAGUUAGAUGUGGAUGUACUCGUCUCUGGAGCCACACACCACUGCAAGAUCUUUGAGUUUGACGGGCAUCUCUUUAUCAAUCCAGGAUCCAUCACCGGGGCUUUUACACCAGUGCGACCAGAAGUGACCCCGACAUUUAUCUUGUUGGAUAUUAAGGACACUACGGUAACAUCCUUCUCGUAUGUGUACGCGCCAAAAGAGAACGCAGAGGGUGAGAACUUCACUAUUAAACGAAGAACAUGGACAAGGGAAUAG